AUGCCCACGUCAAGUUUGGAUAUAUGUGAGGAUCACAUUAAUGUUGAAGAGGAUAUAGAAAACUAUUUUCAAUGGAAACUUGGGAAAUAUAAUCCUCGGCUAAAAACUUCAGUACCGGAAAAAUUACUUUCCAUGAAAUUAUAUGAACCUAAUAUCACUCCAGUUACUCUUGCGGAACGCAAUGUACCUGGAUGUUCAAGACAGAAAUUUUCAGAAGAAAAAGAUGUACAAUGUGAUGUAAGUCCCAAGCAUACCAGCACACAAGUAGAAAUCUCUAUGGUUGACCAAGCAGUAAAUACAGUUAGAAAGAAACAAGGAUUUACAUGUCAAGUAGAAGAUAUUAUAUCUGAAGAUGAAUAUUUGCCUUCUACACAAGAAAUUACUGUGGAAAUAUCAGGGCAAGAAACAAAUACUGAUUCUACAUUAAAAGAAUAUGAUGUGCCUCUUGCCCUUGAUUUCAAAAAAAAGUACUGA